AGAUCGUCCUCAGUAGUUGCCCAGACGCUGUCACGGGCGUAGCUGGAUGCUGGAUUGUCUCUCUCUCUCGUGCGCGCGCGUGUCGCAGGGAGGUGCUUCCUUUUCUUCUUCCUCUUCCUCCUAACCUCGUCCUACUCGUCGCUUGUAUCGGUCGACGAACAACGCCGUGGACGUCACGAUUUUUCGAUGCUGCGGAUAUCGUGCGACUCGGUCACCGGUUCACCAUCUUAACGAGAAGAAGAAAAGGUGCCGGAGAAAAGGGAGGCCGACGAGGUUUCCUGCCGGUCGGUGAGAGAGAGAGAUAGAGGGUGAGAUAGGGGUUAGAUAGAAAGGUAGAGUGAGGCAGUGAAAGGGGAUUCGACAAGGAAAGGCAACCGAGAGAAACAACGAGAGACCGGUAAAAUAGAGAAACAAAGAUGGUGUGAGGGAAAUAGACAAGUAACAAGGGGAAUACGGGAGCAGCGAAAAAAGAUUUCGGAAGGAAAGCUGUCCGGGAGGGGUAGAGAUGUGUUGAAGUGUGUUCUUGUGUAUAUAUAUGGUGCAGUGCGGUGCUGUGCUCGAGAGAGAGAAUGGCGUGGUCGGAUUUCGCGUGUACCUCGCCGUGACGUGGAAAGUCGGCACUGAAAACGUUGGGUGCUAAGCUGAGGAAUGGAGGGAACGUGGCAGUGGGAGCAGCGAAAGCACUGCCAUAUCAUUCUGCUCAACCCUUUGUCGUACGUAAAAGAGAACCCGGAACAGGCUGCAGAUGAACGAAAGCGGCUACAAGGUAGUCUCUGCAAGGAAGAAAACACGCUGAAGAAGAGGAGUCGCGUGCCGGGUCUGUAGCGCUCGGUAAAGAGAAGAAGGGCCCCCCGAGCAUCAUCAGAAAGGAGAAGGGGUCGUCAUGGGCCCGGCACACCAAAUCGUACCCCACUGAGCGAUGCAAGUAGUUAGGGCCGGGGCCCUGCUAGUGAGCAUGUGGCUCACUAGAGAAUGAAGAAGCAAAACGUCCGGACCCUAUCGUUGAUCGUCUUCACGUUCACCUACCUCCUCGUCGGCGCUGCAAUCUUCGACGUUCUCGAGUCCGAGACGGAGAAACGACGCAAGGAAGCAUUGGACGACAUUGAAAAGAUGGUUAUACGCAAGUACAAUAUAAGCGAGGACGACUUCAAGAUCAUGGAAACAGUGGUGCUGAAGACGGAACCUCAUAAAGCUGGUCAGCAGUGGAAAUUCGCCGGAGCGUUUUAUUAUGCGAUCACGGUCCUCACCACAAUCGGUUACGGACAUUCGACGCCGAACACCAUUAGCGGCAAGCUGUUCACGAUGUUCUACGCGAUCGUCGGUAUCCCGUUAGGACUCGUAAUGUUCCAGAGCAUAGGAGAGCGUCUGAAUAAAUUCUCAUCCGUCGUAAUACGGAACGUAAAGAAGCUUCUUAACUGUAAGGAUGUCCAGGCCUCAGAAAUAAAUCUUAUCUGCGUGGUGACGACCUUGUCUUGCUUAACGAUUGCGGGAGGUGCCGCGGCGUUCUCUCGGUACGAAGGGUGGUCAUAUUUCGACUCCAUCUACUAUUGUUUCAUCACCCUGACAACCAUUGGCUUCGGCGACAUGGUCGCGCUACAAAAGGAUAAUGCGCUGAACAACAAGCCUGAGUACGUGAUGUUCGCCUUGAUAUUCAUUUUAUUCGGCUUAGCCAUCGUCGCCGCCUCCCUCAAUUUAUUGGUGCUGAGAUUUGUCACAAUGAAUACGGAGGACGAAAGGCGAGACGAGGCCGAAGCUCUACAGGCUGCGCAAGGAGCAGUGCGCCUGGAGGGCGACGUAAUAACGGCGAACGGCUCGAUACUGUCGGGCCAAGUAGGCAACCACGGUGACACGAUAUCGCUGGACGACGAGACGUCGGUCUGCAGCUGCUGCUGCAGCGGUUUUCAGAAGAAACGGCGGAGACCACGGUUCACGGUUCGUCGCUCGCCCGGUAAGAUUUCACAUCUGCUGCCUGCCGUUGAAUAUACGCAGUGACCUACACCCGCCACCGUUGACGCCGUUGUUGCAACUGCCGCCGUUGCAUCAACAUCGAGCCAGCAUCUGACGACCAUCAACCGCUGUCAGUACGUUAUCUCAACAACAACUGCCGCGACGGGUGUCUGUCUGAGACUCUUUCCCUCUUGCAACAAAAGGGGACAGAUCAUAUGCAGGGGAAUGAGAUAGAGAGAAAGAAAGAGCUUUUACCGGUGACCGCUUCAACGAAUUUAAUCCUAGGAAUCGGUCUCGCCGCCUCGCCGUUUCAAACAUCGCGGGAACCAUACCAUAAAUAGGAUGAAUUGGGGAAAGUUAAGCUGUUUAGCUAUUGGAUGAAUCGUAUUUUAUGGUAUAUCAAGUUGUUUGAAAGGAUCGUAGAUAAUGGAGAUUGAAAAAAAGUUGAGAGGCAAUGUAUUUUCAGAGAUAAUACUUUUUCAAUUAGAUUUUCUUUUGCGCAUGGCUCGUUUCUUUCGACAACUUUUCAUCAUGUAUAGAAUAGUAUAGGAUUCGAGAUGUUCAGUAUGAAUUUCUUUCGAACCUUUACAAAUAUUCAACUUUUCGUCAAUGAAAAAAUUAGGUAGAAACGAGAAUAAAUGAUUGCGAAAUCGUGUUAUGUACAUUGAUAGAAAGAUUAAAAUUUAAUGUUGAAACUGGCCUUCAGUAUCGUCUUGUUAUAAAAUGAAACCAUAUUAAUUAAUGAAUUACAGUCUCUUUUUCGAAUCAGGUAUUUGCCUUUGAAGUAUCGAAGUUAAGUAUUGAAAUACUUGGUAGAAAUUUAUGGUGGCUAAUGUGUUCUUCCGAUUCCAUUAAAUAUAAUACAAACUAUGUAUGUAUAUCCAUUAUCAAAAACGCUACGAACUUUCAAAACAACCUAAUAUUUGGAUUGAAAAGAAUAAGUAGGUGAUUGUUAGAUAAUAUUUUUUGAAUUCAAUCGAUGUGAUAUUACGUUUGAUUAAUUUUAAUGUAGGAUAAAAAUGUUGAAAUUGUAUUUUAGGAAAUUAUCUAUCGGUAGGAGGCGAAAAUAAGAUAUGUACCUUAGAUUUGAUUUUCUGUCCAAGGUAUUGAGACAAAGAUUUUGAUAAUACUUCUGAUACGAUUCUAUAUACAAUACUUUACUAAUGGUAUGGUUAUUGCGAAAUUGCCGCAAAGAUGACGAAAUUCUAGUCAGUCAUUUUUCAAUUAAUUGAAGCUCCACUAACGAUAUCGGAAUACGUAGCAUAAGAAAAUGAUUAUUAUUAGAAAAAUUGGUGAUUUCGUGAAAGAAUCUGUUUCCUUGAAACUUGAAAUAAAAGUUUCAAAAUAUAGUUCUGAAAGAUCAGCAAUUGAAUAAAAAUUUAUUUUAAAAAAUCGCAAGCUAAUUGUAUUCCCUCGAGGACGGAAUUCGAGUGCUUCCUAUUAUGUCUAUGCUCUUCCACUAUUUUAACAAUCACGUGUUUUUCUCACAAGCUCGGCAGAGAUAUAUUUCCUACACUACAAAAUUGUUGAUAAUACGAAGUUCUUCCAUUGAGUUGUUUCUAUGCAAAAAGAAAGAAGACAGAAUCUCGUCACGAAUGCGAUCAGGCGGUGAAUUGAUUCUCAGAAGCAAGUGUUGUGCAUGUACAAAGAAAAAUAACGGGAUGUGCUAGUGAUUAUGUGUUCCAUAGCCAAGAAGCAUUAACAAACAAACCAAAAAAACGAAAACAGAAAAAAGAACAAAAAAAAAACAAAAAAAUAAGCACGUGAGAGAGGGACAGAAGAGAAGAAAGAAGAAACUAUAUAUAUCUGCGUUCACACUGCUACAAGGAAGAAAAAGAGAAAUAUAUAUUAUGAACAAAAUAUAUACACACCAAAAGACAUAUACACAGAAUAAACACGACUUUUUUCAUUAAGAAGGCAUUUUACAAUUUGUAUAUAAUGAACUAUAGAUAUUACACGUACGAAUCUAGGUGUACGGAAUUAUGGCGUUUCGAUCUUACGAUGUGUAUAAGUACAUACUUGCGAGACAACAUUAUAUUAUUUAUCAUGUGAGUGCGCGGAUACAUGACAAAAAUCCCAUUCUCGAUUUUCCAUUUAAACUACCGUUUAAUUAAAUGAUCCAGAUCGUUGAAUGAUCGUGGCCGUAAACUACGUAGAACUCUAGCUACUGUAGAUCUCGUCACGCACGGAUGCUCGAUCGGGAGAAAUUAAAUUUAAACCAAAAUAAAUAAAUAACAUAUAUAUAUACAUACAUACAUACAUAUAUACAUAUAUACAUACAUAUAUACAUACAUAUAUAUGUAUGUAUAUAUAUAUAUAUACACAUACAUAUUAUCUAACGAAGAUAACCAAUCCAAAAAGCCGUAGAACACGAGAAUUAAAUAUCGUCCCUUGAUCUUUAUUGGUUACAGUUUACCUACGAAAAGUCAAUCCAUCGAGACACGAAGCACGUAUUUCCGAAUAGAUAAACGCGUCAUACUAUAGUCGAACACGAGCGGAACAAUUCUCUUGCCUUUUAUCGACAAGUAGAACGUAUUCGAGUAUUUUUAAGACGUACACACUGGAUUGCACACACACGCGUAGCGUAAGUAGUGAAACUUCGUUUGCCCUCGCUCGGUCUACCGAGUGAAUUUCAAAACGGCCGGCAAAAAGGAACCCAAUGUGACAGGCACUUUUAAAGGACGUUCUUUAUUUUCAUCCGUACACUUCGUUUCAUUCUAUCGUCCCUUUAGUUGUCGUAUCGCGUCACUUUCGUUACGUAUCGAGGCGCAAGUUCUUCGUCAACCUUUAGACUCAUACUAGAUUUAUCAACCCUUCAAACGCUGCAAGAAUAAAUAACACGCGAUAUCAUUUCCUUUCUAAGAGAAUCACAAACAUACUAUUUGGAAUAGGCGUUCCAUGGAACGCUGUAAAAUUUGCAGAAAAAUUACGCUAUUUUGUGACAAGAGGGUUGAAAAAAUUAUGCCGUUCAACUCUCUUCGAUGUUUAUUAUCUCACAUCCAACGGAUAUAUCCUUUCGAAAUCGACGUACUUAAAUCAUACUAACAGUUCAUAAGUUAUAACGUGUUUACGAAGCUUAGGGGUUAAAGAAAACGAUGAACCGUAAUUGAGGCUAAAAGCGUCAAUGACCACGUAACCGGAAGUACACGCGAUUCAACGAAUCAAUCAUAAUUAUUAAAUGUUUUGUUUAACCACGUGCAUCCCAAACUUAUCGACAACAGUUGUGUUUAAAAGAGGUGACGAGAAAAAACUCGAUGAAUCGAUACACUUGCUGUGUCUUCGCUAACACUCGCUACGACAGAACGAACAAACGAAUUCCAUUUGUAACAUACUAGGGUAGGAACAAACAAUGAUCACGUUGAUUGGAAUAAGAGUUCGCACGAUUCAUUUAAAAGAGCAAACGCGAACAUGUGAGCAUCAUAUGGAAACGAAUUUGAAAAAUCUUAUGGAUGAAAGUCUCAUUUCACAUUCUUUCGAUCGAGGAGAAUUUCAUUUUGUACGCUCCUCCCAACCGAAGAAAAUGAUUUUUGAUCGUUUACACUAAUUAGCAGUAAAGAACGGUAGCCUUUUCGGAAUUAUAAAUACCAAUUACUGACCUCUCUCCCUCUGGCCCCGAAUCUAAGAUCAUUCAUCAACCCUCCCUCCCACUUUUCUUUCAUCCAAUUAUCAUUAAAUUAGAAAUUUAUUACAUAAACGUUUAAAAUGAAAUAUUCCCCAGCGAGAAUAAAGUUUCUAAUAAUCAGAUAUACAUUUUUUUAUUCUCAAAUGGACGUUAAAGCGUGUUAAGAUAAUACAAGGAUCAUAUAGACUUUCAUAUAAUAUUAUACUUUAUACUUGUAGCAGGAUUUCAUAAAAAAUAAGUGAGCUUGUAUUAACCCUUUAACACCUUCGAGUCUGUAGCAAGGUUACGAAUAUUUAUUUCGUCUUUAUCGUUGAUUUUUAGUGUUGUAAAAGACAUGUUUACGAUACAUAAUGGAAACGCUUAUGCAAGAAAAAGAGAAAGGAGAACAUUCGUUUAACGAUAAAUACCGACAGUUUGUCACUAAAUUAAUAAGUAAUAUUGCAUAUCUGUCUGUUUCACGUCUUAACUUGUGGCGAUCAUGACGAGAACAGUUAGAAUGUAAAAAGUGUUCCGAAGGUAGCUGAUUAUUGAAUUAAACAAUAACAAAAUGGCAAGAAGGAUAAAAAAUACAUUCUGUUUGCCAUUAAUAGAUAAAUAUCGAUGAAGGACAGACGAGUAUGGAAAGAGCUUGUUUAUAUUACCGAUCGAUUUUGAGUGGCUUACUAGAAAACGUGUACUGGUAUAAUUAACGAAAAAAAGAAGAGAAAACACAAAAAAAAUUAAUCAAUCCAAAAUGUUCCCACAAAAUGCAAGCUCAAAAUAUUAUAAUGUCACGAAUUAUAUUCAAGUGCCAUUGUUUUCUUAUGCAUGUUCGAAUCCUUGUAUUACUUUGGUAAAAUGUAUUAUUAAAAAGCAAGUAAAGAAUGUAUCUUGAAGUCGAUGAAUAACGAGUUCUAGAUAGUGUUCAUUAACGAAGUUUCAUUAAUAGGCUAUAGUCUAUAGCAUACGAUCUGUAAUAACAUCGGUUUGCCACUUUUUAAGCCUUCAACAUGCUUGAAGAGUUUGCAGGAGUUCCCUUUUUUAAUUUGUAAAAUUCAUCGUAUUAAUCGUAAAGAAUAAUCAGAAAAGUAAAUAGUACAUAAACAUGUUCUUAGACAACUUUAGUAAAUCAACGGUGUCAAUACGUCAUUCACCUUUUUUUACGUACGAUAUACAAUUUUUGAAGAUUACUGCAGUACAAAUGGCCAUAAACCCAAACAGAAUUCACUGAUAAUUGCAACUCAUCGCGAAGGUUUAUCUUCGGCGUGGAACAUUCUCUUUUUAUCGAUUAAUCCCUUCUGUGUAAACAGUUAGCUAUAAAUUUACGUGUUCACAACCCCUGUUGGUUUCGUAUCCGACUUGAAUACAAAAGAAACUACAUUUUCACUGGUAGAACCUAACGGAUACGAGUAAUUGCAAAACUGACGAAAUUUUACUAAUGUAAACAAUAUCUUGCAUACGAUAGAUAUCCGGCUCCUCGUUUAAAAAGGGAACUAUAUAUUAAUGACUAAUUUAAAAAAAAAAAACGAUUUUCCAAGUGGUAGCUCAUACUAUGAAUCGUUAAAGUGUAUCGAAAUUUAGGAGAUGCGUAGCCGGUGUGAAAAAAGAUUAUACCGUUCAAAGUCAGACAUAUGCUUCGUUCAGAUCGCGAUAGAAUAUUGCGUUUUCCUAUCAUCCUUCUCCCAUCGAUGUUUGAUCAUUUUAGCUUAUUAAAAAAACGAGGUCUUAUAUCGAUAUGGUGUGAAAUGUAUUAAAUAUGCAUAAAUUGUCAACGAUCUUCGACCAACGCUAGCUUAAUUAGUCCCAGUAUUGCUGGAUAAGCGAAACGACGUUAAGACUUAACCAACAAAAAAAGAACAAAAAAAAGAAAAGCGAAGUUUAAAAAAUCAUCAGUCGUUCUGAUCCCUAAUAAAGAGAAAAGCGGUUGUGAAAUUUUUGCAUGGUGUCUGACGUUUUUCGAUAUAUAAUGGCUCAAAGAAUCACGAAGGUUACUUAUCAUUUAUACCUCUUUAGCAUAACGUAGGAUUGAAUCAAUCGAACAUUUCAAAAAAAAUUCGUAUUAUUCGAUAUGUAGUAAGAGAUGAGACGGUAAUGUAUAGUGUUUAAAUGAUUUAAUAGGCAUCGAUUAACAGACACCAUUGUGAAGGAAAUGGGAAGAACGCAAGAAUUUUCAUUCCGCUUGUUUCCCAAAUUCGAAGAUUCGAUCAGUUGAAUUAACGUGUUAAGUACGUUGAUUGGCUUAAAAAUUCAACGAAUCAUUAAUCGGCAUUUGAAAUUUGAGAAUAAAAAUUGAAAUUAAGAGGACGUGUUAUGUUUAGUAUUUCAACAAUUAAUUGAAUAGUAUGAUAAAUCCAUUUCUUCGAUCUCUUUUACAUAAAAUCCAUGGUAGAUAUAUAAAACUUACUUUUUCUGGCCUUUAUACCGAUAUUUUUGAAUCUUAUAAUCAUAGCAAUGACAUGUUCUAUUAAUUUCAAUUUAGUACGAGCGAUAAACUCGAACUCUAAAAUGCAUGUACGUAUGAUAUACACGAAUAUAUUCUGCGGUGCGGCGAGCCCGCAAAAUUUCAACUUCCCGCAUUUUUAACUUUGUAUUAGUAGAUAACGAACACGAUGAUUAAUGUUACCUUACACGAAUAUAAACAAUAAUAUUUGUAAUAGCUGUAAAUUUACAUUACGACAACUUGGAGAGGUAUGAGAUUAAACGAGAAAAUUUAGACACACAUUCACGCAAUUUUUGCUAUUAUUGUUAUAGCAUAAAGUGUAAGUAAAAUAGUUACGAAUUUAACAAAUUAAUUAACAACUAAUUAAUUAACUAUAUAUGAGCAUCGAAAUAAUACAGUUUUAUCGCGGUUUCAUUGACAACGCAGAUUAUAAGCUGCGAGAGAAUUAAAAAUCGAGCAAAAAAAAAAUGAAAA